AUGCGUGAAAUCGUUCACCUUCAGACCGGCCAGUGUGGCAACCAGAUUGGUGCUGCCUUCUGGCAGAUCAUCUCCGGCGAGCACGGCCUUGACGGCGCUGGCAACUACAAUGGCACCUCCGAUCUCCAACUCGAGCGUAUGAACGUGUACUUCAACGAGGCUACUGGCAACAAGUAUGUCCCGCGUGCCGUUCUUGUCGAUCUUGAGCCCGGUACCAUGGACGCUGUCCGUGCGGGUCCUUUCGGCCAGCUCUUCCGUCCCGACAACUUCGUUUUCGGCCAGAGCGGUGCUGGCAACAACUGGGCCAAGGGUCACUACACUGAGGGUGCUGAGCUUGUCGACCAAGUUCUCGAUGUUGUUCGUCGCGAGGCUGAGGGCUGUGACUGCCUUCAAGGCUUCCAAAUCACCCACUCCCUGGGUGGUGGUACCGGUGCCGGCAUGGGUACAUUGCUCAUCUCCAAGAUCCGUGAGGAGUUUCCCGACCGCAUGAUGGCUACAUUCUCGGUCGUGCCCUCGCCAAAGGUGUCCGACACUGUCGUCGAGCCGUACAAUGCCACCUUGUCCGUUCACCAGUUGGUCGAGAACUCUGAUGAGACCUUCUGCAUUGACAACCAAGCCCUCUACGAUAUCUGCAUGCGCACUCUCAAGCUUACCAACCCCUCAUACGGUGAUCUGAACCACCUUGUCUCGGCUGUUAUGUCGGGUGUCUCCACUUCGCUGCGCUUCCCUGGCCAGCUCAACUCCGACCUGCGCAAGUUGGCUGUCAACAUGGUGCCAUUCCCUCGUCUGCAUUUCUUCAUGGUCGGCUUCGCUCCUCUCACCAGCCGUGGCGCCCACUCCUUCCGUGCCGUUACCGUGCCGGAGCUCACUCAGCAGAUCUUCGACCCCAAGAACAUGAUGGCUGCGACCGACUUCCGCAAUGGUCGUUACCUCACCUGCUCUGCCAUUUUCCGUGGCAAGGUUUCCAUGAAGGAAGUUGAGGACCAGAUGCGCAACGUCCAGAACAAGAACACCAGCUACUUCGUUGAGUGGAUCCCCAACAAUGUCCAGACUGCUCUUUGCUCCAUCCCGCCGCGCGGCCUUAAGAUGUCAUCCACCUUUGUGGGCAACUCGACCUCCAUUCAGGAGCUGUUCAAGCGUAUCGGCGAUCAGUUCAGCGCCAUGUUUAGGCGCAAGGCUUUCUUGCAUUGGUACACUGGUGAAGGCAUGGACGAGAUGGAGUUCACCGAGGCCGAGUCCAACAUGAACGACCUGGUGUCCGAGUACCAGCAAUACCAAGACGCCUCGGUUUCGGAUGCUGAGGAGGGUUACGAUGAGGGUCUCGAAGGCGACGAGCCUCUGGAGGAGUAA